AUGCCAGGUAAAUCCAUCAUUGUCACAGGUGUCUCGAAGGGUAUCGGGAAGUCCAUCGUAGACAGAAUCUUUUCCCUAGACAAAGAAGCCAAGGUGUACGGUAUUGCCAGAUCCGAGGCCCCAUUGAAGGAAUUGCAGGCCACCUACGCCGGCAGAUUCCAGUACGUGGUCGGCGAUGUCACUGACAACGCCAAAGUUACCGAAUUGGUGGAAUUGGCAGUGAAAGAUUCUGGGAAACUGGACUCUCUAGUUGCCAACGCUGGUGUGCUAGACCCAGUCCAGGAUGUGCACAACAUUGACGUCAAUGGGUGGAAGAAACUGUACGACAUCAACUUCUUCUCCAUUGUCUCGUUGGUCGGGAUCGCUGUUCCUCACUUGGAAAAGACCCAGGGUAACGUCAUAUUCGUCUCCUCAGACGCCUCCGACACAUACUUCUCUAACUGGGGGGCCUACGGUUCCUCAAAGGCAGCUUUGAACCAUUUCGCUAUGACUGUCGCCAAGGAGGCCAAGGGUGUCAAGUGUCUAGCUGUGGCCCCAGGGAUCGUCGACACCUCCAUGCAAGUCAACAUCAGAGAGAAUGCCGGUAAGAACAUGUCCAAGGAACACCACGAAAUGUUCAAGAGCUUAAAGGCAGACAACAAGCUGUUGACAAGUGAAAUCCCAGCCAACGUUUACUCGCAACUUGCCUUGAAGGGGAUCCCAGAAGGUAUCAACGGUUCCUACAUCAGUUUUGAUGCGCCUGCUUUGAAAGAGUACCAGUUCUAG